GUCCGAGGGAGUGGCAGCCCUCAGGUAUAUCCCUUCCCAGGUGUCGCGACCUCCAGCGGCGUCCCGCACGCGCACUCUCGAGCCCCGUUUCUCCUGCUGUAAGCAGGGACGAGUUCUACGGCUCCAGGUGGCUGCAGAGCCGGGAGCCCGACCGCCGCGGCGCGCCAUGGCGCCCACCCUGGCCACUGCCCACCGGCGCCGCUGGUGGAUGGCCUGCACCGCUGUGUUGGAAAACCUCCUCUUCUCGGCAGUCCUCCUGGGCUGGGGCUCGCUGCUCAUCAUGCUCAAGUCGGAGGGCUUCUACUCCUACCUGUGCACGGAGCCAGAGAAUGUCACCAACGGCACAGCUGGGGGCACAGCAAAGCCAGAGCAAGAGGAGGUGAGCUGGAUGAAUGGCUGGCUCAGCUGCCAGGCCCAGGAUGAGAUGCUGAACUUGGCCUUCACUGUGGGUUCCUUCCUGCUCAGUGCCAUCACUCUGCCCCUGGGAAUCGUCAUGGACAAAUAUGGCCCAAGGAAGCUCAGGCUGCUGGGCAGUGCCUGCUUUGCUGUCUCCUGCUUGAUGAUUGCAUAUGGAGCAAGUAACCCUGACUCUCUGUCUGUUCUCAUCUUCAUCUCUCUGGCUCUGAAUGGCUUUGGUGGAAUGUGUAUGACUUUCACCUCCUUAACACUGCCCAACAUGUUUGGUGACCUUCGGUCCACGUUUAUUGCCUUGAUGAUUGGAUCCUAUGCCUCCUCAGCAGUCACUUUCCCUGGGAUCAAGGUCAUCUAUGACUUUGGUGUCUCCUUCAUCAUCAUACUCGUGGUCUGGGCCUGCUGCUCUGGACUGGUUUUCCUCAACUGCUUCUUUAACUGGCCUCUGGAGCCUUUCCCAGGGCCAGAGGACAUGGACUACUCGGUGAAGAUCAAGUUCAGCUGGCUGGGCUUUGACCACAAGAUCACAGGGAAACAGUUCUACAAGCAGGUGACCACAGUGGGGCGCCGCCUCAGCGUGGGCAGCUCCAUGAGGAGCACCAAGGAGCAGGCAGCGCUGCAAGAGGGCCACAAACUGUGCCUGUCCACUGUGGAUCUGGAGGUGAAGUGCCAGCCUGAUGCUGCAGCAGCCCCCUCGUUCAUGCAGAGUGUGUUCAGCCCUAUCCUGCUGCUCAGCCUCGUCACCAUGUGUGUCACGCAGCUACGUCUCAUCUUCUACAUGGGUGCCAUGAACAACAUCCUCAAGUUCCUAGUCAGCGGUGACCAGGAUGUAGUUGGCCUCUACACAUCCAUCUUCGGUGUGCUUCAGCUGCUCUGCCUGCUAACAGCCCCUAUCAUCGGCUACAUCAUGGACUGGAGGUUGAAGGAGUGUGAAGAUAGCUCUGAUGAGCCCGAGGAUAAAGAUGCCAGCCAAGGCCAGGAGAAGAAGAAGAAGAGGGACAGGCAGAUCCAGAAGAUCACUAAUGCCAUGCGGGCCUUCGCCUUCACAAACCUGUUGCUUGUGGGCUUCGGGGUGACCUGCCUUAUUCCCAACCUGCCUCUACAGAUCCUGUCCUUUAUCCUACACACGAUUGUGCGAGGAUUUAUCCACUCCGCCAUCGGAGGCCUGUAUGCUGCUGUGUACCCCUCCACCCAGUUUGGCAGCCUCACAGGACUACAGUCGCUCAUCAGUGCACUCUUCGCUCUUCUGCAGCAGCCCCUGUUUCUGGCCAUGAUGGGUCCCCUCCAGGGAGACCCUCUGUGGGUGAAUGUGGGCCUGCUUGGAAUGAGCAUGCUGGGCUUCUGCCUCCCACUCUACCUCAUCUGCUACCGUCGCCAGCUGGAGAGACAGCUGCAGCAGAAGAGGGAGGAUGGCAAGCUCUUCCUCAAGCUCAACGGUUCCUCCAACCAGGAGGCCUUUGUGUAGCACCUGCCACCUUGGAACUGUGACCUACUGCCCUUGCUUCAGUAACUGACCAGCGUCCUCCUUCCUGCCCCAGGGGACCCCUACAUGCCCCCAGGAUGCUCUCUGUCACCAUGUUGGAGUCCAUGCUUCCUCCCAGGGUCAUGGUCCUGCCAUGAAGCUCUAUAGCAGGAAGACAGGAGAGGCCUGGCCUGCAUGGGUGAUUUUUUUUCUGCUGCUGGACAUGGGAACUGCCCUGGGCUUUGCUCUCCCACCCCUCCUUUCAGAGGCCACUGAAGCCUUGGCACUCCACAGUGCCUGCUGGAGACACCAGGAGGGCCCCCCAGCAGGCAGGCUCUUCGGCCAGUAUCUGGAUUCUGCCACCCACUGCCCACCUCUAGCCCCACAGCUGCAUGCCCACCAACCACACCUGCCUGAGGACAAAGACUUACACUGUUUGUACCGCCUGUUGCCUGGCCCCUCACCUCCCUUGGCCAGUAUGAGGCUGCUUGAGGAAGGAAAGACCCACUUCCUGUUGUUGGUGCUAACUCCUUAGUAAUGCCAGCCCCCUGUGACUUUUUCCUAGCUUGUCCUCCCUUUAGAGGCCUGUGGAGAGUCCUGGGUAUAGGGUGCAGGGCUGGAUGGUCACACAGCUCAGGAGCCGUGACUGAGGUGGGUUAGCAGUCCUUUGCCAUCUGCUUUAGGGUUCAGGGGGGAAGCAAAUUCCCACUCCACCCUCUUGUCCAGUCUGCGGCCUGUAGGGAAUUAAAGGGACACUGGUAGGGCAUCCCUUCACACAAAUAGCAGUUUUUGUGCGAGUGGAUGUGAGGUUGUGACUGACUGAAACAGGAGUCCAGGCCUGAGUGGGGAUGUAGAUUCUUGAGGGACCUGUAUGUGUGGGUGUGUGUACAUGUGGGAUGUGUGUGAGGGGGGUUAUGUGUGUGACAGAUAAGGGUGGGAUGGGGACAGGCUGGGGGUAGGGGCUGGCUCUAGGUUUGUGUCCUUUCCCUUCCCCCGCACCCACCCCCCAGAGCCAGCCAGACCUGUAGCCAACAGCACCCAGGAGCCAACCUCCAGCAGGGAAGCUUCUCCCAGGCCUAGGAUCACAGAGCCCCCUGCUGGUUGACUUCUCCAGAGCCCUGGAGCUGUUUACAUGAGAAAAGGCCCCUUCCUUGGCCGGGCAGGCCUGGCUCACCCACCAAACUACCUUGACUGCCCCCAGAAAUGCGUCUGAGACUUUAUGGGAGUGCUGCGAGGGGUGGUUGAUUUUCAGGCCUAUGGUUAUUUUUUUUCUUUUUAGUCUUAUCAAAUUCCUUUUUAUAAAGCAAUAAAUUCAUUUCCCCUUGUA